GACAACACAACCAAGCAGGAUCAGGAGUCGCACCACCAUAGGAAUAAGUAGAUGAUGUAUUUAUGAUGAAAUGAUGAUCUGAAGAUAAUCUAUUGCUCCUCGUCGUUACUAGAUGAUGUAAGUAUGAUGAAAUGAUGAUGAUGAUCUGAAGAUAAUCUAUUGCUCGUAGUAUUUGUUCACACUUCCAAAUAAAAAAUGGGUCGCUUCCGGCAAGUUGGGUCCCGUACCACAGCGGGUGGGAUGCGCAUCAAAUCCACCCGAGUGCGGCAGUACGCAACCAACACUGUGUUGCUCUACAGUCCGUCUCCUCCUCACUCGCCGCGCUUAGGCGCUAGCCUGGUGGAAGACGACCUAGAGCAGAGAGCCGCGUUCCAGAGGGGGUCGCCUGGUGGGAAGCAAAGAGGCAUCAGUCCGAUCAAAGAUGCUAAUUCUCUAGGUGUCUCUUUUCACAGUCCAAACGUACAGGAGGUGACGGGACGAGCCGCAGAGCAGAUUCAAUUGGCUAAAGAACUAGAAAAGGCGGCAGCAGAAGAGGCAGAGCAUGGAGGAUUUCCUAGCAGUCCAAUUCCUCGUAGUGGUGUGAUGAUUUUGUCACCGUUUGUAUCGCCAAAAAUCACUGGGAAGAUGUCCUCAAGUCCUAGUUACAUCAGAAGUGGAGGAAAUAACAAGAAACAUCAAACUUCUUCUAGUACGAGUGUUUCUCCGAAUAAGAGCCUGAUAAGCAAGAUGAUGUCGACGCCGAGUAGUCCAACCAAAAACACGACUUCUCUGCGAUCGUCGAGUCCACCACCAGCCCCAGGCGCUAAAGAAUUGCAUCAAAUCCGUCCGUCCUCUAUGAUACCAGCUGAUCCCAUAUCCAACAACUUUGCGGACGCCGUAUUGUUCGACGCUGCAAAACAACCCAAGCCGUCGGACUUGCCUUUAACCCGUCUCGAACGAACUGAUGUUCAAGCAGCAGCCUUAGCCGAAGCAGCUAAGCCAAUUGAAGAAGCAGAAGCCGAAAGACGGGUUAACUACGCCCAUCUGGAAUCCAAGACCUUGUCACCAGAGGGUAAGAAAGUACGCAAGAUGCUACAUGAACAUCAGAGGACAGGCCAAGAACGAGUGGCACUGGCGAACCUGAUGCUGGAUUUGGAAGUACCAUCACCACCCGGUGGCUAUAAGCUGACGACUCUGACGUGUGAUAUUAUGGCAGUUUGAACAAGAAUUUCUUUUACAACUUCAGUUUUACAAGUAAGUAGAUCAAAAUUAUUUUGAAAAAACCUGGUACUACUUCCACUCUGUUUAUUAAAAUUAGAUGUGGACUAAUCAACAUAGAUGUGGCUUAAAAAGUACUACCUAAGGAGAACAACGUAGAAGUACUGCGUUGUAGUCGAAGUCUAAGUAAUUCAAAACUUUUGACAAUGAGAAUCAAGAAAACGAAAUCCCCCUACUAAGAAACUCUAAUCCCCGCAACGCCAGCACCAGAGCAGGAACCUUUCUCAAUUCUUUAGGCUCUACCUCGCCAUUGAGUACGACAGCAUACUUCUCCACCACUGGUGGUGAUAUGUCUUCGACUGCAGGGGGAGGACGUUUCAAUAUCACUCAAUCGACUCGGUUUGGUGGGGAACAGCACUCAACUUCUGGCCGCUUCAGUACCUGUACAGGGACAUCGUUCUUCAGUAAUCAAGAAGCUGCGGCGGGAGGGGGGAAAGUUAUGGAUUUAAUUCAUUCUUUCUUCCCUAACUUUCUUCACUGGCACUUAUCUCACGCUUGUACAACUACAACUUCACAAAAUAUAUCAACUUCUAUCGUAGUUAUCAUUCCUCUAGUAUUUUUCUAAUCCGUUCGGGAAAGAAAUAAGUUCUCCUAGACAAGUCCGCUCCCCUGCCAGAGGCGCAAAAAGCACAGACACCCAGAAGUCUCCAGCAGUUUCAGGAGUCAAGGAAGGCACCUCUGCUAUAGACCAAGCGAACGCAGCCGCUGGAGAUCUUUUGGCAGCAACUACUCGAACCACGACUCCUGCAGGUCACACGAGUCACGCUGGUACGUCGACUAGAGCGGGAUCGAAAGAACCUCCUAUGACCAGAGCUUCUUCUAAAGAGAGAGACCAACAUCAACAUGAUGCACACGGACGUCGUCUCAAUUCUGCUUCUGGUAGGAUGAAUGGAGCUCCACAAGAACAAGCACAUCAACACUCUUCAUCAACACUGCAUGAGCAACAUCUUCAUUCGUCUAACAACUUUCCCUCGACCACCCAUGCUGAGGAUCCUUCAUUGGCGUCAAUUACGUUCUCACCUGGAGGUGGCCCUCAAGGUGCUUUAUUUCAAGAAUUCAACUCGCAACUCACUGCGAAACUGUCAUUGUCACCGUCAGCUAGAGUCUCGCUCUCCGAACAGUGGUCCAUGCUGAGUACGUUGCGGUCGUCUUUGUUAUGGACGAGGUGAUGCCUUAGGUUUUACUUGGGUGUGGUUUAGGGUUAGGGUUUCUAAGAUGGCUUAGGGUUUCACUUGUAGACAAGAACUGAAAAUACAUCUACUUUGCUUCUCGAACAAAGAUCUACUGCUCCACUUAAACAUCAUUCAAUCGAACAUAUUUAUUAGCCUCCCGCAUUCUCACCUAGUACUAGUAGUACUAGCAAACAAAUAUAAAUAUUUAUCCUAGAUUGCAAAGAACUAACACUCAAAGAACUAAGUACACUCCACGCUCACCUCUCGUUUCCCGUCUCCCCCCUGCUUUCAUCUCCCGCAUCCAACGGGACUGCUAUCCGCUUUGACAAGUCCGAUAGGCACACCUUUGGAGAAAAAGGUUUCGCUGCAAUGUUGGAUCACUAUAGGAUUGGCGGAAUGCUGUAUCCUGGUCAGGGAUUUGAAGCUGGUGUCAUUCCGGACUCGACCAACGUAGAACACGUGCAGUGGGUGCCGGAUGUCGAAGCGAAGUCAGGGUCCUUGGCAAAGCCAGAGCCGAUAAAACCACCACUGUGGGCGAAAAAGACACCGGUAAUAUUAAGUUGGAUUUUUAGAUCUUUGAGAUGUGACUAAUAUGUUCUACAAGAACUUUGACAUUGUGACUUUUUACCGAUUUAUUAAUCUCAAAACGAUCAUUCUCAAAACGAUCGGACCGCAAAGAGAGAUUAGAAGUGUCAUUGUAGUGGCGCAAGGAACAGAGCGAGACUCGUGUCACUGUGUAGUUUUGGAGCUGCCCACGAGACGCUCGUGCUCGUGUGACUUGGAUCUGUAUAAGUCUGCUUGUCAUCCUUUCGAUUCUGUGACGAGUGAUCAAUCUAAUGUAAAAUCUAUUGAGUGUCGCAAAUACCACAACCUGUCGCAAAUACCACUACCCUGUUCUGCUUGAGUGUUUCUGUUUUCAACGAGGAGGCGCCCCUCAGUCGUGCAUUAUUCUGUGUUACUUCGAGGAGAUACGAUGAAUGAAUGAAGAAAUUCAAGAUUUGAUUAUGUCGACUACUCUUCUUCAUGAUGGAUUCCUUACUUGUUCGCUUCUCGCUCUGCAGGACUCCUACUUCGUAAUUUUGGACUUUUUGGUUUUGUUUUGGCCCACAUCAAGUAUGUAAAUUUAUUUUUCAUUGUAUUUGGAAUGCAAAGCCCAACCCCCGAAACGUGGAAAGACCCGACAUUUCAACUUUAGCUUGAUAGCUGAAGGAGAGGUUGGUGUUGUAACUUCUUCUACUUCACUGAGUCAUGCAUUGGGCACUUAUCUAUCAACAUGUCGCUAUUGUAUGAACAUCUCCUCAAAGAGCCCCAGGUGGGGCCACCUGAUGCUCCGCCUGUUGCUACAUUUAACAUGAACAAUCUCAAGAGCGGGGAAGCACGCGUCACGCAUCCUUGGGGUUUGGAGGGAUGGCGUGCCGAGAUUUUCAAGAGAUCAUCUCCUAUAAGACGUUCUAGAAGCGCUAAAUGUGUUGAAAGUAGUAAACAGGAUUUGGAAGUAGAUCUUCAUUUGUAUAAUCCGAAUAUUAUGCUGGAUAAUAAGAAUUAUCCAGGUACUAGUGGUAAUUUCGUUCCACUUCCACACCCAGAAGUACCUAUUGGAGGUGUCAAGAAGAGGAGUACUAUGGGUGGAGGUGAUAGUCAACAAAGUUUUGCUGGUUUUCGUGGAAGUUUUAUUGGUGGCAAUUCCUACUCUUCUAGCUUUACGUCUACUAACAGUUCUAUGAAAAUCACUGGUGGCUUUGGUGGUUCUGACAGGUCACCGCGUGGUGGACGUGGUCGAUCCUUGUCAUCUAAUUCUAGUAAUUUAGGAGGUCGUGCUGGGAUUGGGAAUACAACUAAUUCGCUAAUGUCCAAGAAUGAUUUCUCUGCAUUUGGUGGUGGUAACUUAGCAGGUGGAUCACUUGGUAGUGGUCCAGCACAGCAUGUUUUUGGUGGACUUGGUAGUCCAUAUAAUUUGAAAAUGAAAGCAAAUAAUGACUCAACCCCAAGCAAAAGGCGUUCGUCAACCCAUGACAAUUUUUUCCCUAGCAAACACCAGAGCAGUUGCAGUAAACAGAAGUCGUCCCCAAGAACAUUGCACCAUUUGCAUGCUGAUGCUGCAGCACCUUCUCCAGAAGGUGGACCGGCGUGGGCACGUUCACCCCCAAAGACGGCAGAGCAAUCGACUCUUGCCAACACUCAUUGCGGUUCCUUCUUUGAUUCCCGCGUUCAGGUUCUCGCCGAUUUCCGACGGGCUGAUAAGGCAGUAGGGAUAUCCCCAGACCUCUAUGCGAAACAACGACCGGAUCUGAAAGGCGAAGUGGAUCGCUUGAUGGCCGAUUUGUCCUGUCGACGUACCGUUUAUAGUGGAGUUCUGUAUCGACCUAAGAUUAAGGCUUAAUAUAUUUCAUGAUUUCCUUCCACGACUGGUCAUUUCUCGCAGUUUUCCUCUUGAAAUUCUGAAGAAAUGAAGGGAAGAAAUGAAAUGUUUUGAGCUCUAAUAAGACGAUCACGCAGGAAGCGGCAGAGGCAAGCGUAGGGUAUGAAGGACCGGGUACGUACUACAAGCCGAAGCCAUUUGGAAACCCGAGUGUUGGAGUAGGAAGGGUGAAGAAAGCAGAGGACGAAGACGUAGAUCAUGCUCAUCAGUCUCAUUCAUCAUCUGCUAGAUCAGCAGACCAUCACCAGGCAAGGAUAAGACCACGAGCGGGAAGCAGUACGUCGACGACGACAGCGUCAUCGAUGACAUCAGCAAGGAGUGCUAGCACAUCUUCGUCGGGAACUUAUGAAUCCUUGAUUUUCAAAAUGUGAUUGAAGAAUCUCCCUUAAAUAUUUUUAGAUCGACGUUGUACUAUGAAAAGACAAACUGCCUUUGGAUACAAUUCCCAAACCCAAAAAAGCGAGAAUUUUCGAGCUUUUUUGGCUUUUUGGUGUCUUAGUGGAAAUCGUGCGAAAGGGCAAAAAAGAUGGCAAGCCCAGCUUUUUCGCCGGUUUUUUCUGUUUUUUCGUCGGAUUGUGUCCCAAAAAACAAAAAAAGCCCGCGAAAUGCCAGAAAAUUGCCAAAAAUGCACGACUUUUCUGGCUUUUUUGGGUUUUGGCACGGUUUUGAUUCAAACGCCAAGGGACGAAAAACGCCCGAAAAGCCAAAGAAAAAAGCCAGAAGAAAAGCGAAAAAAGCCAGAAAGUUCUGGCUUUUUUGGGUUUGGGAAUUGUAUCCAAAAGCAGUUUGUCUUUUCAUACGUUGUACUGAUCGAAUAGUCAACAUUGUAUAAGUAGAGAAAUGAAGAUUGAUGUCAGUAAUGAAAUAUAAUAAAUAGAAUACUGAAGAAAACUCCUUCUACGUACUUUGUAAGUAUGCUCCCCUACAACUUUUGCUUUUCCCCUUUUCCCCAAGAACUUCGUCACCCUCGUCCUCUAAUCCUUCUCUUCCGCCACGAUGCUUCAGCAACGGAAUAAGGCUCGAACCUUGCCCAAGAGUUCUUGGCUUACUUCUUCCGUCGGAUGGGAAGGCAAGAUCAAUGCUGCCUACACAGUAGGCGGCCGCUUGCAGGAAAUUCGGCGAAAAGAAGAACAGCACGAACGUGAACAACUGAUGCAUGUGAAGUUGGCCAUGGAAGAAGAAGAGCGCUUGAACAAUAACGCCAGUCGGGGAGGUGGGACUGGGAGGAGAACACCAUCAUCGAAAACUAGGAGACGGAGGAAUCUAUCACCUAGCUCGCCAAGAACCGCGUCUGGUGGUUCGAGAGCAGGGCAUAGUCAUGGAAGCUCCAGGACCAGAGGAGGACGAGGGGGUCAUGCAAAGACGAAGAAAGCUUCUUCUAAAAAUGCUAGUGGUCAUCAGGGUCAUGGGCAUCCUGAGGAUCCAGACGACGAUGAAGAUGACCUGGGUGGAAGCAUCCUGGACGGCACUGGCCUGCUUGCUGCAGAAAACUACAAACUGGGAUCCGUCUUUCAGAAUCUACCCUUCUGAGAUACUAUCUGCUCCUCAAUAUAUUAUUGUCAUUGAAAUUAGUGAAUUUUUAGUGAAGUCAUAACAUGAACCAUCUACUUUCCCGCGCAACUGUAAGUCUAAGAUUCCAGCACUGAUAAUGUCUUGUUUGAUGCCCACAAUGGACUCCGCACACGCUCAAACAGAUGAAAAAACGCAACGUACAUAGAAGCAUGUCUUUUCUCAAACGAAAUACUAGGAAUAGCAUAAUUAUAGAUAAUGACCAGCAGCAGCAGGAGCUGUAGCCAAUGGGCUACUGUCAUCAUGGAGUGGUUCGUGGUUUAUACGCCAUUUACAUACUUACGCAUGUAAUUUUCAACAUCAAGCUGUAAGAGCUAGUGAGCAGGUCUUUCAAGAAUGUACUUAAUCCUAUAUAUACGCAGACCACCUUCUACACUAGUCUAGAUGUCUAAUUUCGUUUGGCUGAUACAUCCCAUUAAUUGUUCUGGACAAGGAUGCAUGAGCAUCGAUGAGAUAGAGACAUACUACAGGAAUUAUCUCACAGGAGCAACAAGAUCGUGUUCGUUGGUAUCUGAGACGAUCAACAAGAGCGUGUUCGUUGGUAUCUUAGAGGAUCAGCAAGAGCGUGUUGUUGAGAAAACCUGCACCUGCUCUCUCGAACUCUACGCAGCGAUCUUCCAGUGUAAAAGAGGGCUGAUACAAGGAAAUUACCGCCAGCAGAUGCGGAGCGGGAGCAGCCAGGGGCAGGAGCCCGGUCUGUCGCGGAGAAAUUUCGGAUUGGCGGACUUCAUAUUGAAACAACAGAUUUGAGAAUUCAUCUGCUGCACAUCUACAAAAAUCCUCAUGUUGAAGGAGC